AUGAACUUCCCAACGUAUUUGCAGCAGAAUGGGCCUGAGGAUGUCGAAUCUCCUCUGUUCAUCGACGCCGACAACCCAGAACGAAGCCUUUCAUGGCGGCAGUACGCAUCUACGGUCAAGCAGAUAGCCGUUGGUCUUCGAGAUAUCGGCGUUGAGCAAUCAGACACUGUUGCGAUAGUGAGCCGCAACGACAUCUUCUACUAUAUCCUCGGGAAUGGCAUCAAUGCCGCUGGAGGUGUCUUCUCGCCCGUCUCGGCCUUUGCCAAACCGAUCGAAAUGGAGCAUCAAUUGCGGGUCACCUAUGCCAAAUGGGUCUUUGUCGAGCCUGAGUUCCUGGAUGAGGUUGUGGCUGCUGCUGAGAAAGUUGGGACUCCCAAGUCCAACAUAUUGGUCUUUGAUAUGCAAGACCAGACACGCCGAGAAGGAUACCAAACAUUUAGCCAGAUCCUCCAAGCCGACGAGUCCAAGUAUACUCCGCUCGAUUUUGACAGCAAGCAACCCUGCGAUCGAUACUUGACAAGCGGAAGUACAGGUCUGCCCAAGGCCGCCGAGAUGUCCCACGGGGCCAUGAUCUCACGAGUGAGGCCAUAUCUAGCUCUCCCCAAUCCCAAACCCCUUUCUUCGGUUCGAAACCUCCACUUCAUCGACAUGCAUCACAUCAGCGGCUGGUUCAACAACACAUUCACCGCCAUUGGAAAGCACACUUACUACGUCCUGCGACGAACCGAUGCUCUCUCGAUUGUGGAUACGAUCACUCGACACAGGAUCACACACAUCAUGAUGCAUCCGCGAAUGGUCGAGGAGGUGGUGGUUCUCCUUCAGCAGGGCGUCAGAGAGCGGUCCGCAAUUUCCUCACUGGAGCUUGUCAGAGUUGCCGGCAGCGUCGUGAGAGGCGACUUUCUGGACCUGCUGGAGAGGUUCAUGGCGCCGUCUGGCAAAGCGAAUAUUUCCUACGGAGCGACUGAAAUGAGUACCAUCGCAGCUACGCUGUGGGGUACGCCUAGACUCCCGGGGUGUGUGGGCAAGCCGCCGGUGGGAGUGGAACUUCUCAUUGUGGACCCGGACACCCUCGAAGAACUCCCGCACGAUGUAGACGGCGAGAUCUGCUGUCGAAGUCCCGGGAUGUUCACAGGCUAUGUCAACAACGAAGAAGCGACCAAGAAGGCUCUCGUCCAAAUCUCCUCGAAAACGUGGCUACGCACGGGUGAUCGAGGCCAUUGGUCAUCGUCCCUCCAACAACUCGCCAUCACGGGCCGAUACAAGGAGACUUUCAAAGUCGGGACAGAAGAAGUAGCGCCAGAAGAAGUGGAAGUCGAACUGCUGAAACAACCUGGGAUCUCAGACGUCGCCCUUACGUCUACAGACGCACGCCCAGGGAAAGGAGGCCUGGAGCCCUUGGCAUACAUUGUCGCACCGGAUAAGUCCAUCUCAGCGCAGCAAAUCGUGGAUCACAUCGCCGACUGUGUCGCCGCAUACAAAGCUCCCACGGGAGGCGUAGUCUUCUGCGAGAGUAUACCCAGGACCAGCUUCGGAAAGAUCCAGCGGGCGAAGCUGAACGGCUUGAUGGAGAAGGUGUCGUGGGAAGAAAGGUCAGCGAGGUUCUUGACGCCUACGACGGAUAUGUCACAUCUCUAG